AUGGAUCCUUCGGAGAAGAAGAUCUCGGUGUGGAUCUGCCAGGAGGAGAAGCUGGUGUCUGGUCUCUCUCGCCGCACCACCUGCUCGGACGUGGUGCGGGUGCUGUUGGAGGACGGCUGCCGGCGGCGACGGAGGCAGCGGCGGGGCCGGUGGCGGGGGGCGGCCGGCGACUCGCCAGACCGGGAGGAGCUGCGGGAGCUCCUGGACGAGGACGACGGGGACGACGACGAGGCGCUGCCGCAAGGCAUGCUGUGCGGGCCCCCGCAGUGCUAUUGCAUCGUGGAGAAGUGGCGGGGCUUUGAGCGCAUCCUGCCGAACAAGACGCGCAUCUUGCGCCUCUGGGCCGCCUGGGGCGACGAGCAAGAGAAUGUGCGCUUCGUGCUGGUGCGCAGCGAGGCGUCACUACCCAACGCGGGCCCCCGCAGCGCCGAGGCGCGCGUCGUGCUCAGUCGCGAGCGCCCCUGCUCGGCCCGGGCGGUCCCGGCGCGGCCCAGCCUGGCGCUGACCCAGGAGAAGCAGCGGCGAGUGGUGCGCAAGGCCUUCCGCAAGCUGGCCAAGCUCAACCGGCGGCGCCAGCAGCAGCCGUCGUCGCCCUGUUCGUCCGCUUCGUCGUCCACCGCCUCGUCGUGUUCGUCUUCGCCGCGGGCCACGGAGAGCGCAGCCGUGGAGCGCAUGGAGACGCUGGUGCAUUUGGUGCUCUCACAGGACCACACCAUCCGUCAACAGGUGCAGCGGCUCCGGGAGCUGGAUCGCGAGAUCGAUCGCUAUGAGGCCAAGGUGCACCUGGACCGCGUGCAGCGACACGGAGUCAACUACGUGCAGGACACUUACUUGGUGGGCGCCGGCAUCGAGGUCGACGGGCCCAGCCCGGGAGAGGAGCCGGAGGCGGCUGCGGCUCCCCUGGACGGCGAGGCGCAGGCGACCGCGCUGGAGGAGCUGGCCAGGCGGUGCGACGACCUGCUGCGCCUGCAGGAGCAGCGAGCCCAGCAGGAGGAGUUGCUCGAGCGCCUCUCAGCCGAGAUUCAGGAGGAGCUGAACCAGAGGUGGAUGCGGAGGCGCCAGGAGGAGCUCGCGGCGCAGGAGGAGCCCCUGGAGCCUGACGGCGGCCUCGACGGCGAGCUGCUGCUGGAGCAGGAGCGGGUCAGGACGCAGCUCAGCACCAGCCUCUACAUCGGGCUCCGGCUCAACACGGACCUGGAGGCCGUCAAGUCGGAUUUGGAUUACAGCCAGCAGCAGUGGGACAGCAAGGAGCGCGAGCUGCAGGGCCUUCUCCAGACUUUGCACACGAUGGAGCUGACGGUGGCGCCCGAUGGGACUCUCGGCUCUGGCGGACACUCCCGGGAGCCCCGGCCCCAGGGCUGCGCCGAGGUGUGGGUGGAUCAGGCCCGCGGACUGGCCAAAAGCUGUCCUGGCAACGACGAGGACUCGGAUACCGGGCUGAGCUCUAUGCACAGCCAGGACUCGGACUCGGUGCCUGUGUGCGAAUCUCUUGUGUAA